GAAUAACACACCGAUUUUUUUUAUGUUAUAUAGGACAACUGGUGAAGCACGUACUACUAGAGUACAAUACCAGCAGUUGGUUACGCUGCUAGAAGAGGUACCCGAAAUAGCACGAGGGCUAUUUAAGGGAGACCAAAAAAGCUUCUGGACUAAAGUGGAGUCCAACCUAAAUGCUCUGGGACCGCCAAUAACCCGCCAGUGCGACCUGGAAGUUUGGUUUGAUUAUAAAUGUGCGGUGAAAAGGAAGCUGCGGGACAAUAAAAAAUCCCUUAAUGCUACUGGAGGUGGGCCAUUCGCCCAAAAGCCAUUAAAUGACUUAGAGGAAAGAGUGGCAAAUUUCUGUAAUUUGCAUUUAACAUUAGUAGGGAAUUCAGGAAACUGUCAUGGACUGAAAAAUAAUACGAUUAAUAAUGAAAAUCCACCUCCUGAACCAAGUAUUCAUAUAGGGUAA